AUGGCCAACGUCCCAGAUUUGGUUCGUGAUUCCAAGCUGGAAACAUACUACCUACCCGAUUGCACUGUCGAAACCGUCCAUACGUACAACGAACCUGAACAGAAAUCAAGGCGACGGCUUGUUACCAGGAUAGAGCAUUGGAAGCGACAAAAGAGAAAUCGGAAAGGGUGCGGCGGUCGAUCGGAUAAGAAAGUUCGAGCUGUGAAGCAAAUUGAUAUCAGUGGUCGAUUCCGCGGCUUUGAUUAUAGUUGUGAGCUCGAGGCUAUUACCAAAUUCUCGCAACCGAGGUAUGAACGAUGCUUCGUCAAGUCGCUAGGCUGGUAUGACAGCCCGGAAUAUCUGUUGAUCGCAAUGGAAUACCUCGAGUUAGGCGACCUCGGGGUAUAUCUGCAUAGGAGGCCACCACUGCCAGAGGGCCAGGCCCAGGAGAUCGCCUAUCAAAUUCUCGAUGGUCUUAACAUGAUGCACUAUAACGGCUUUGCUCAUCGAGAUUUGAAUCCAACGGUUAGUCCUCUUUUCCUGGAUGAUCACAAUCACAAUCUAGCAUAUUUAUGGCAGAACAUUUUAAUACAAUUACGGCCACCAGAUGAAUGGUGGAUCAAGAUCUCUGACUUCGGAAUCAGCAAGCGCAUAGAAGAAGCCCCUAGUGCUUCUACAACGCUACGUGGAACAUGGGGCUAUAUAGCUCCCGAGGUGCACAGAUUGACUGAGCGCGAUACCCCUUUUGCCUCUGAUAUCUGGUCCCUUGGUCAAAUCGUGUUUGAGCUUCUUACCAAAGAAAUAGCAUUCAAGCACCUCGGAUCUCUAGUCGGCUAUGUGACGCAGGCUGAUCACUUUCCCACCGACCGUCUUUCCAGAUCUAGUGCACUCAGUGUUGAAUUUAUCACCUCACUUAUGUGUCCUAUCCCAAUGACCGCUGCUGUGGCUAUUUCGAACAAAUGGAUACAGUCAAAACUGAUCCCUUCGGAUUCGGAGGCUAACGUCUCCCAUACACUCAAGAUUUGUCCACAAUAA